CAUCUGGAUGUUUAGGCAGGAGGAUGCCUGUUCCUGGCUUGAUCAUUACAGGAUCAGUUUCCACUCUGCAGUGACAUCUACACAAAGUCUUUGCUGAGAUUCAAAAUCCCCACAUUGCUCAAAGCAUGGAUAGACUGAAUGGUGUUCCUUCUCCGGGAAGAGGAAACUCAGAGCCCAACUACAUGGCAUGAACCUGGACAAAGACAAUGAGUCUGAGUGAAAUGUUCACAAGCCUCAUCUUCAUUCUCUGCUCUGUGAUUGCACCUCUUCUCACAGACGAAGAAGCCCUGCUACCAGCCCCUCAGAAUAUCUCCAUCCUGUCCACCAACAUGAAGCACUUCCUGACCUGGAGUCCAGUGACGGUCCCUGGAGAAACUGUGAGAUACUCCGUUGAGUUUCAGGGGGAGUAUGAAAGAGAUUAUGCCAAUGAGAUCUGGAUACCCAUCAGCGAGUGUUCGCUCAUCAUUGUGACUCAGUGCAAUGUCACAGAGGACAUCUCUGCCACCGUGCCCUAUAACCUACGUGUGAGGGCAAACCUAGGUUCUCGGGGUUCAAAGUGGAGCACACUAAAAGUUCUCUUCAAUCGCAUAACGACUUUCCUCACCCCACCUGUGAUGGAAGUCUCUGCAGACGGGUAUCACUUACUGGUGAAGCUGGAAGACCUGGGGCCAGCCUUUCAAUUCCACAUAUUCUAUUGGAGGAAGGGCCAGGAAAGGGUGCACAAGAAGACUGUGAAGGAGAUCAGCUCUGUGGUGCAUCUGGACACCAUGGAGGCAGGAGCUGAGUACUGUGUGAAAGCCCAGACCUAUGUAGAGGCCAUCAACAGGAGCAGCAACUUCAGCCAGACGCAGUGUGUUCGUGGACCAGAUGGUGGCAGAUCUAUAUGGAUGACGACUGCCUUGGUGUCCUUCGUGGGAUUUGUUGUAGGUGUCUUGGCCCUGCCUUUCCUUGCCUGGAAAAUGAGUCAAAUCUUCCAGUAUUCCUGCUGUCCAGUCGUUGUCCUACCAGACACCCUGAAAGUAACUGAGUCCCCUGCGAUGCUAAUACACUGCAGGAGUGAGGGGACUGAAUGUUGUGACGUGGCUGUGCAUGUGAUUCCCCCCGAAGAGAUCCUCCGACUGUGGAUUCAGGACGCACUUUAAAGCUGCCCAGAGAUAAUCAACCCUGUAGAAAACCAUCUAUGAACAGAUCUAGCAGAUUGUGCACUGGGAGCCUGCACACAGCUCCCACAGACUCAGGGUAUCUCAAAGGUAUCAUGUAAGGUAUCAUAUGUAAACUGGUGACACACUGGUCCCCACAAAAAUCAUUGAUGUAUGUGUGGGUUGAGUACAGAGAAUUAUAGAUGUAUGCUGGAAAUAUGUUCGUAAAAUGUGUUUGGGAGGCAGACCAUAAAACCAGACUGCCCUAGAUAAAGGAAUGUGUAUUUACCGGUCUGACUAGCUUGGUCAUAGGCAGAGGACAAUGGAAGAACAAAGCCAUCAAGUUAAAUAGGUGGGGGAGAAGACUGUUUAACAAUCACAACGGGGGACCAAAUCUACACCCCAGGAAGCCUUCCUGACUCUUGAGGCUGAGACAAUGGACUUUGAGUAAUAGAAGGGGAGCAAAAAGACAUUUUAGUGAUCCAUCACUGAGGAGACAAAGGGUAUAGCACUCUUGGAGUCUGUGAAAGUUGGAUCUCCCUAGUCUGAAAGGCUAGGAAUGCUGGUACCUACAUCAAGUUAAGAAGAAUUAAGAAUGUAACUUUUAAAGAUUAUGUUCUAGUCAUUAGAAAGCAUGUUUUAUUUUGUUUGUAACCAGACUUGUCCUGUCCGCCAGGGAGAGCGGCAGUACAUGCCGGGUGGGGGCAGGCGCAGUGGGAGGACAAAGUGCCCCUGCGCAGGUAACAUGGGGUGGGGAGAGUGCGGUGGCCCUGGGCUGGGGUGGGGGAAACAUGUGACUUGCCCUUUAGAUCGUGCCCCCCCCCCACUAUGGGGAGGUACCAGUUGUAUAUGGGGCGCCCUCGGGGGAGGGGGCGGAACAGGGAUGGGAAGAGGUGGGGCAGGGAUGGGACAUUGGGGGAAGGAGCCUAGUAUGGAGAGGGGGGUCGAGCACCCCCUGGGAAAUCUGGAAGUCGGCGCCUAUGCUCCUAGGCAUGUGCGGGAUGGUACCGGUGGUGGCGAAGGCAGCCGGGUGGGCAUGUUGAAGCCCUGGCCAGAAGAGUGUGCCCUGCAGCGCAGCCGGCAGCUCACUGGACUUUAGCGGGGGCCCAUUGACAGUUCUGCCCUGGGACCCAGAAUUGCUGUCAGCGGGCCUGAAGAAAGACUGGACACUGCAGGGAGGCACUUCUGGGGCGCUCAGGAACUGGGAUUCUCUGUUACCUGCAAGGCAAGGUUUAUACUGGCAGAGUCUUGAAGUCAUCUGGGGAGUCCCUCUCCAUUAGUGCCCUGGUGAGCCAAGAUUCUACCUCAAGUUCCUAGGCCACAUCUACUAAGAGACCCCAGUCAUCUGUCACUAUCUGGGUGUCAAUGUCAUCUGACAGGGGCAGGAAAGAGCACCACUUCAGGGAGGUGACAAGGCACAGUCAUCUUCUCCAGUGCCUAUGAAGCCAAAACACAAGUGCCAUCAAACUUCUGACUCAUCUUUGGGCUCAGCUUCCUAAGGGCCAAAAGCCUGAUACACCUCCUUGGAUGCUGCAGUAUUGUUUACCAAGAGAGUGCCAGCAGUACUUACUGAGUGUAUGGACCAUGUGUCAGUACCAGUUUUUCAGAACCAAUUUUGGCACUGGGUGCCUUGGUACUUACAGCUUUGGUACUGAGUACCUGAGUACUCAAAUUCCCAAUAGCUACUACCUUCAGACUCGCCAUCUCUGAACUGUGUUCCCUGUACCUUGGCAUUGGCUAUCUUAGUACCCAAAGUGUACAUGAUACCAAGUAAUUUAACUGUGGGCCCAGUAUCAGAGUCAUCUCUGCUUGAGAAAUUGAGAAUGAUACUGCCCGUAGUCCAAGCCACCAGCUUCUGAGGGCUCUCUACACAACAGAGUUAAGUCAGCUUAACUACAUUGCUCAGGGCUGUGAAAAAAUUAAUGUCCUGGGUGAUGUAAUUAAGCCUACCUAAGCCCUGGUGUAGACACUGCAAAGUCACCAGGAGAAUUCUUCGGGUGAUGGAAGGUCCAGUGAUGGAAGGACCUCUUCCAUUGCUGUAGUGUCUACACUAUAGCAGCAAUGCAAACUUUUUAUAUCCAAGAUGACACCCUAUGGAGCCUGCCUUUUUUAGUAGCCAUCACAUCAGCUCAAAGGAUAGGGCUGAUUCAGGCCCUCAUGGCAGGCUCCCUGUACAGUGUUUCAUAAGGACAGGAUCACUCUCAGACCUCAUCCCAAUGUCGUGCCCAAAGUUGUUUUAAAAUUCCAUGUAAACCAAUUUAUUUAACCUCACUUAACCUUGGGGGGGGGGCUGCACUUCACACACCUGAUGUAGUAAGAACCCUGUCUUUUUACACCGAUGAGACCAAACCAUUCAAAACACCCCCGACUGUCUGUGGGCUUUGCAGAGAUGGUGAAGGGUCAGGCAAUAUCCUCAGAGUUUAUCUAAGUGGGUCUCCAACUGUAUAAGGACGUGUUACAAGUUAGCCAGGGUACACACACCUAGCCAUAGCAGAGCUCAUUCCACUGGUGCUCAGGCAGCCUCUGCUGCCUGUUUGAAGAUAACACCUCUUUCUGAAAGCUGCUGGGCAGUGAAGCAGAAUUCAAUCCACAGCUUUGAGUCACGAUUCUUUGGCAGAGGCUUCUAGUUCAGAUACCCACUUUGGUAGGGCUGUCUUGCAUUGUUUAAGAAGGACUUCUGCUACCAACCUCCAAGUAAACAGGUACCUGGCAAUUUGUUAGUCACCAAGAGUGGAAUCUGUGUGGACCAUCAUUUGAAGAAGAAAGCAUGGUAAUUUAUCUUACAGUAACUUUCGAGAUGUGUUGCCAACAUGGAUUCCAGGAUCCACCUUCCUUCCUUGCUGUUACGGAGUCCUACUCCUCUGGGAUUCUGGAUUGGCAAAGGAACUGAGGGAUGGUUGGGCCCAUCCCACCCUUUAUGUCAUCAAAUGGGGGUGUGUGGGAGGACAUCUAUGGUACUGGCAUGGCCCCAACAGACUCUGCUGACAAAAAGGAUCUGAACUUGUAUGCGUGAGCUCCACGCACACCAAGAGUGUGAAGACAACACAUCUUAAAGAACCACAGUUACUGUAAGGUAAAUAGCUAUUCUUUCCUAUGAAUAUGAUUUUCACAGCGUCAACAGAGUCCUUCAGGGUAUGCAUUCUGUGGUGUUAUUUUAAUUAAUAAAAAUUUAUAACGUUUUUUGGCAGACCUUAAUGAUGUUAAAAACACAUAAUUAAAAAUCUGUUGGUAAAAAUGCUAAAGCCUAUUUUUAACCAGAAAAAUAAUUGGUUAAAUCUGUGAUAGUCAAAGAUUACUGUAUGUGUGAUUUUUAGAUGUUUCUAACUAUUUUUUUCUCUUCCAAACUUGUUAAAUUGAAAACAUAACACAUUUUCAGUGUGUUUUAUCUACCUUGUAGUAUAAUGUCCCAAAAUUGAAAAUAUAUUUUAAAAGUACUAACUCUCUGAAAAAAAAUCUUGAUAUCAUUAUUCUUAAAAUACACAGUAAGUAGCUUGCUUUUUCAAUUCAUUCCUUUUUUGUUUGAUUGGGGGGGUUUUUGUUUUUGUUUUUUGCAGUCUAUUGUUAGACCACUAGUUGUCACCCAAGUGCCAUAAAAAAUGAAUGAAUAAAUAAAAA